GUGCUUAUCAUCAUCAUCCUUCAUUCCAUUCCAUGGGUUUAAAGUGGUAAGCACGAGAUUCUCGUCACAAAUUUACGUACCCAUCUCGACCUGACCCACCUAAAAAACAGGGGAAUUUUAGAAAACUCGAAAAUUCGAAGGAAAUAAUGGGUCGGCCCGUAAUCGCGAUUGUGGGGUCGUUUGGCUACGUGGGAUCCUUUCUGACGCCGGCUUUCCUUGACGCCCUGAUUUCCGGGAGGGUCAGAGAGGUCAGGAUCCUGGCGUCGAGUAAGGCGGUGGUAGAAGGCGAGAAAGGCGUGGCCUUAAAAGAUGUGGGUGCAACCGUGGUGGUGGUGAACUUUGCGAGGAAGGAAACCCUCGUGGCUGCCUUGAAAGGGGUGGAUGUCGUCAUUUGUGCGAUGGGGACAGGACCUGGGAGCGUGGAAGCGAGGAGGCUGCUGCUUGAAGCGAUGGUCAUGACCGGCGUCGAUGUCUACUUUCCGUCAGAAUGGGGGACGAAUCAUUACGAUACGAAAAGGAUGGGAGGUCUUGACCACACCGUAUUUGCUGAGAAGAAGGAGCACUGGGUUGAGGUUGGAUUGAAGACGGGCUUAAAACGUGUUCGUUUUCACUGCGGGAUGAUUAUGGAAUCCACUUUUGGCACUUGGGCGGGCCUGGAUUGCAAAAAAGGGGUGUGGCGAGUACCCGGAAAUGGCGAGACACCAAUCGCCUUCACAGCUGCAAAGGACAUUGGUCGUUUUGCUUUGGAGGCGGCUCUGCUGGCUUUCUCGGAGCCGAACAAGAUUCCUGAGGCGUUGGAAGUUGUGGGGGACACGGCGUCGCUGAAGGACUGCGCCACCCUGAUGGACGCCGUUUCCGGCAAGAAGACGAAGUUACACUUGCUCUCAUUUCAGGACGCACUCACCAAGCAAUCACAGUCAAAAGAUUUCCUCGCAAUAUUCCCAUUACUCUUUCAAGCUGGGGCGCUGAACUUGAAAAGGGAGGAAGCCAAUGGGAACGCAAUCCUUAAUCCGAACGAGGAAAUUUGGCAGCUCGUCAAAUUGACCGAUUUCGCCCAACAAACCGGUGGCAUUCCGUAAAUGCAAAAUUUACAAGAGUUAUUAAUUUGCCAAAAAAUCAAUUUCAGUUCCGCAAUUUUACUCACCAAAAUUCUCCAAAAAUAAGUGAAACUAAAUCUUGUAUUAUCCAAGAUAAAUUAUAAGAUUACAAGGUUAUUCAUUAAUAAAAAAAAUAUAAUAAUUGUAUAAAUUCAGCACCAAUUAUGAAAUUAAUUAGAAAUUAUCAACAUCUAAUAAAUACCAGAUAUGGUCUAUCCACUUGA